AUGGGCUGCAUUUGCUCAAGAGAUUCCUCAGGACCAGAAGAUAGCAGUCAGAAAGAGUCUAGAACGGGAAAAGAUGUGAACAAAUCAUCAGUUCAAUUGGUUGCUCCUUCUCCCUCUAAAGGAGAGGAUUUGUUGUCAGAGAUUAAGUUGUCAAGGCAGGCAUCUAAAGCAAAUGGAGGUUCUGUUCAUAAAGCAAAGGCCAAUGGAGGUUCUGUUCAUAAAACAAAGGCCAAUGGAGGGUCUGUCCAUCGAGCAAGGGAGGACGAUGAAUCCAUUAAGCCUGCAAAAGCAAAAGCAGAUAAUACUUCGGCAGCUGGAAGAAAGCCCGACAUUUUUAGGUUAGCUAGCUUGUCUAAAGUUGCAGAAGCUGAAUAUGUGAUGGCUGGAUGGCCUUCAUGGUUAGCUUCUGUUGCUGGAGAAGCCAUUAAAGGGUGGGUUCCCCGCCGGAUUGACUCCUUUGAGAAGUUAGAAAAAAUUGGACAGGGAACUUACAGCAGUGUAUAUAAAGCCCGAGACCUUGAAACUGGAAAAACUGUGGCAUUGAAAAAAGUGAGAUUUGUAAAUAUGGAUCGAGAAAGUGUCCGUUUUAUGGCCAGGGAAAUCUAUAUUUUGCGUAAACUUGAUCAUCCAAAUGUUAUGAAGCUUGAGGGUUUAGUUACUUCCAAAAUGUCGGGUAGCUUGCACCUUGUUUUCGAGUACAUGGACCAUGACCUUGCAGGCCUUGCUUCAGCUCCUGGACAUAAGUUUUCUGAGGCUCAGAUUAAAUGUUAUGUGCAACAAUUGAUGCAAGGACUCGAACACUGUCAUAGUCGAGGAAUUCUGCACCGAGAUAUCAAAGGUUCAAAUCUUCUCAUUGACGAUAAUGGUGUGCUCAAGAUUGGAGACUUUGGUCUAGCUACCUGUUUUCAACCUGAUCAAAAGCAGCCAUUGACCAGUCGGGUGGUGACAUUGUGGUACAGGGCACCUGAGCUUUUGCUUGGUGCUACUGAAUAUGGACCCGCCAUAGAUCUCUGGAGCUGUGGCUGUAUCGUUGCUGAACUAUUUGCUGGAAAGCCUAUUAUGCCGGGAAGAACAGAGGUGGAACAAAUGCACAAAAUUUUUAAGCUCUGUGGUUCACCGUCUGAGGAGUUCUGGCGGAGAACAAAGUUGCCACUUUCAACCAGCUUCAAACCUCAACACCGUUAUAAAAGCUGCAUUUCUGAAACAUUCAAAAGUUUCCCUCCUCCAGCUCUGGCUCUUGUUAAUAAACUACUUGCUAUUGAACCAGAGCACAGAGGAUCCGCUACCGAAGUUCUCAGAAGUGAGUUUUUCAGAACAGAACCUCUCCCUUGUGACCCUUCAAGCUUACCAAAAUAUCCUCCAAGCAAGGAAUUCGAUGCAAAGCUCCGGAAUGAAGAAGAAAGAAAGAGAAAAGCAGAAGCUGUGAAGGGACAUCAUCCCGAAUCAGUAAGAAGGGGCUUGAGAGACAACAAGGCUGCUCCGACUCCCGAGUUCAACACUCAAGGAGACUAUACGAUUAAGGUACACCCGAUUGCUAAAAAGAUGAGUAUGAAAUACAACCCUCAAGAGGACGGUGAGCCUCCUCGAGUUGCUCAGAGUCGGUACACCCACUCAACAUCUAUGGUGCACCCGACUAUUGCAAGUUCAUGGUGUAAGCCCACCGGGGCAUCAAGAAAUUGUGCAGAUUUGAGGACACAGAAAUCUCAGAUGCAUCAGACAGUGGGCGAUUCGGCAACCUCUUCGCUUACGAAGGAGGACGGAGUGUGUACUAAAGAUUCUGGAAUGGGAUAUGUGCAAAAGAACAGAAUACAUUACUCGGGACCGUUAGUGCCUGCAGGAGGAAGCAUUAUUGAAGACAUGCUGAAAGAGCAUGAGAGACAAAUCCAGCAGGCUUUUAGAAAGGCGAAGACGAAUAAGAGUUAUGAUGAGCUUUAAAAGAAUCCAAGCAAGUUUGGUAGAGCAUCAUCAAAGGUAGAAGAAGGCUGUGGUCUCUCAAACUGUGAGUGCUGCACUUUUGUGUGUAAAGAAGAAUGAACCAUGAAAUAUUAAUAGUAGCGUUGUAUAUAAUAUAAGAAGCUACAAUAAGGUUUGAAAAUUAAAUAUACCCCAAAAGUAGAAGAGAAGAGAAGAGAAGAGAAGAGAAGAGAAGAGAAGAGGUAAUUGUUGAUAAGGGUCACAGGGGAGGGAGGGGGGAUACAUAGAAAGAGGAUUGAUUGUGUAGUUGUUGCCACAAUACUUAGGGUGGGGAAUUUGUUUGUUGUAAAGAGUGAGUGAGUGAGGGAAAGGGCUUCAUAUCAUAACAUCAUUCAAUUAAUACCUAAUUUUACACAUCUUUUCCUA